GUCACCAUGGCGGCGGCGGUGGCGGCGAGGACUACGGACGAGGGCUCGAGAGCCGCCGGGGUCUGAGGAGGCUACCGCGACCAUGGUGACAUUCACUGAGACCUCCUCUGUGCAGGCCCCAUGCUCCAGGCACAGAAACAGUCAGACCCCAUCCUGCCUUGGGGAGCUUCAUGGGCUGGCAGGGGACAGACUCUGAGGGCCCGCAGCACUGACAGUCUGGAUGGCCCAGGAGAGGGCUCAGUGCAGCCCGUCCCCCCUCCUGGAGGGCCUGGUGCAAAGGGAAAGUCUGGGAAGAGGCUCUCAGCUCCUCGAGGCCCCUUCCCCCGGCUGGCUGACUGUGCCCAUUUCCACUAUGAGAAUGUUGACUUUGGCCACAUUCAGCUCCUGCUGUCUCCAGAGCGCGAAGGCCCCAGCCUCUCUGGAGAAAAUGAGCUGGUGUUUGGGGUGCAGGUGACUUGUCAGGGCCGCUCCUGGCCAGUUCUGCGAAGCUACGAUGAUUUCCGCUCCCUGGAUGCCCACCUCCACCGGUGUAUAUUUGACCGGAGAUUUUCCUGCCUCCCCGAGCUCCCUCCACCCCCAGAGGGCGCCAGGGCUGCCCAGGUGCUGGUGCCACUGCUCCUGCAGUACCUGGAGACCCUGUCAGCGCUGGUGGAUAGUAACCUCAACUGCGGGCCUGUGCUCACGUGGAUGGAGCUGGACAACCACGGCCGGCGCCUGCUCCUCAGCGAGGAAGCCUCCCUCAACGUCCCCGCCGUGGCUGCUGCCCACGUGGUCAAGCGGUACACUGCCCAGGCGCCAGAUGAGCUGUCCUUUGAGGUGGGAGACAUCGUCUCAGUGAUCGACAUGCCGCCCACAGAGGAUCGGAGCUGGUGGCGGGGCAAGCGGGGCUUCCAGGUUGGUUUCUUCCCCAGCGAGUGUGUGGAACUCUUCACAGAGAGGCCAGGGCCCGGCCUGAAGGCGGAUGCUGACAGUCCCCUGUGCGGCGUCCCAGCUCCCCAGGGCAUUUCUUCUCUGACCUCAGCGGUGCCCCGGCCGCGGGGGAAGCUGGCGGGACUCCUCCGCACCUUCAUGCGCUCUCGCCCCUCCCGCCAGCGGCUGCGCCAACGGGGAAUCCUGCGGCAGAGGGUAUUUGGUUGUGACCUUGGAGAGCACCUCAGCAACUCAGGCCAGGAUGUGCCCCAGGUGCUGCGCUGCUGCUCUGAGUUUAUCGAGGCCCAUGGUGUCGUGGAUGGAAUCUACCGGCUCUCUGGCGUGUCCUCCAACAUCCAGAGGCUUCGGCAUGAGUUUGAUAGUGAGAGGAUCCCGGAGCUCUCUGGUCCCGCCUUCCUCCAAGACAUCCAUAGCGUGUCCUCGCUCUGCAAGCUCUACUUCCGGGAACUGCCCAACCCCUUGCUCACCUACCAGCUCUACGGGAAGUUCAGUGAGGCCAUGUCCGUGCCCGGAGAGGAAGAGCGCUUGGUGCGCGUGCAUGACGUCAUCCAGCAGCUGCCCCCGCCACACUACAGGACCCUGGAGUACCUGCUGAGGCACCUGGCCCGCAUGGCGAGACACAGCGCCAACACCAGCAUGCAUGCCCGCAACCUGGCCAUUGUCUGGGCGCCCAACCUGCUACGGUCCAUGGAGCUGGAGUCAGUGGGGCUGGGCGGGGCGGCCGCCUUCCGAGAGGUCCGGGUGCAGUCGGUGGUGGUGGAGUUCCUGCUCACCCACGUGGAGGUCCUGUUCAGUGACACCUUCACCUCUGCGGGCCUGGACCCUGCAGCUCCUACGCCCGGGAUCCCCACUUCUUGGCCAGGACGCGGUUCUUCCUUCACCCCUUAUAGCUCCUGGGGGCGCGUGGGGCCUUGGGUGCACCUGGGAGGAGGUGGGAGGUCCCCAGACUUGACCCCACCCUGGCCCUGCCCAGACUCCCUGCCCUGCCCCGGACCCCAGCCCAGUCAGGAGUCUGCUCGUCGGAGGGUCCUCUGGCCCGAGGUAACUGACCAGAGCCACUGCCCUUGCUGGCUGCUGGGAGCUGCCUCCUCAUCAGCUCGUUCUGCCUCACCCCUCCUUCUUACUGCCUGCUGCCCCCCAUUCCCGCCUGACCUACACCGGCCCCUGCCUUGCCAGCCCGGGUGGGCACGCUGCGGGGCCGGGGCUUGGGCUGUGGCGCUUGGCUUUGCCUGUCUUCUCCAGUGGCUCGACGCUUACAGUUUGGUCCCCUUUCUGACCUCUCCAGGCGGCUGCCUCCUUCCCAGACCCAAGUCCCUUGCGGGAAGCAGCCCGUCCACUCGCCUGCUGACGCUGGAAGAAGCCCAGGCCCGAACCCAGGGCCGCCUUGGAACACCUAUGGAGCCUACAACUCCCAAGACCCCAGCCUCACCCAUGGAAAGAAGGAAAAGAGAGAGAGGGGAGAAACCGCGCAAACCAGGGGGGAGCAGCUGGAAGACGUUCUUCGCCCUGGGGCGGGGCCCAAGCAUACCCCGGAAGAAGCCGCUGCCCUGGCUGGGGGGCAGCCGAGCCCCUCCACAGCCUUCAGGCAGCAGACCUGACACCGUCACACUGCGAUCUGCCAAAAGCGAAGAGUCUCUGUCGUCGCAGGCCAGCGGGGCUGGCCUCCAGAGGCUGCACCGGCUGAGACGGCCCCACUCCAGCAGCGAUGCCUUCCCCGUGGGCCCUGCACCGGCCGGCUCCUGCGAGAGCCUGUCCUCCUCCUCGUCCUCCUCGUCCUCGUCCUCCUCCUCCUCAGGGUCCUCAGCAGCUGGCCUGGGGCCACUGUCUGGGUCCCCCUCACACCGCACCUCAGCCUGGCUAGACGAUGGCGAUGAGCUGGACUUCAGUCCACCCCGCUGCCUGGAAGGGCUCCGAGGACUCGACUUUGAUCCCCUUACCUUUCGCUGCAGCAGCCCCACCCCCGGGGACCCUGCCCCUCCUGCCAGCCCUGCCCCUCCAGCCUCUGCCUCGGCCUUCCCACCUCGGGCAACCCCACAGCCCCUGUCACCCCAUGGACCCGCCAACCCCGCUUCACCCACGGCCCUGGACAUCUCAGAGCCCCUGGCUGUGUCAGUGCCGCCAGCCGUCCUGGAGCUGCUGGGCGCUGGAGGGACACCUGCCUCAGUCACCCCAACACCGGCUCUGAGCCCUAACCCAGGCCUGCGCCCCCAUCUCAUCCCCUUGCUGCUGCGUGGAGCUGAGGCCCAGCUAAGUGACACCUGCCAGCAGGAGAUCAGCAGCAAGCUGGCAGCAACGGGUCCUCGGGGAGCUCCUGGCCAGCACAGUCCUGGCGUGGACUCACCGUUACUGCCGCCACCCCUGUCUCUGCUGCGCCCUGGUGGGGCUCCACCCCCACCCCCCAAGAACCCAGCCCGUCUCAUGGCCCUGGCCUUGGCUGAGCGGGCUCAGCAGGUGGCAGAGCAACAGAGCCAACAAGAGCAGGGGGGCACCCCGCCUGCUCCCCACUCGCCCUUCCGACGCUCACUGUCCCUGGAGGUGGGUGGAGAGCCUGUGGGGACUUCAGGGAGUGGGCCACACCCUCCUUCCUUAGCCCACCCAGGCGCCUGGGCUUCAGGCCCUCCACCUUACCUCCCAAGGCAACAAAGCGAUGGGAGCCUAGUGAGAAGCCAGCGGCCCCUGGGGACCUCAAGGAGGGGCCCCAGAGGCCCUUCCCAGGUCAGUGCCCAGCUCAGGGCAAGCGGGCCUUACAGGGAUGCUCCGGAGAUGGCAGCGCAGUCCCCGUGUUCUGCCCCCUCACAGGGCUCCAACCCCAGCUUCUUCUCAACCCCCCGAGAGUGUCUGCCCCCUUUCCUUGGGGUCCCCAAACAAGGCUUGUACUCCCUGGGGACCCCGUCCUUCCCCCCCAGCUCUCCAGCCCCCGUCUGGAGGAACUCGCUGGGUACCCCCUCAGCGCUGGACAGGGGGGAGAAUCUGUACUAUGAGAUCGGGACCGGGGAGGGGACCUCCUACUCUGGUCCCAGCCGGCCCUGGAGUCCCUUUCGCUCCAUGCCUCCUGAGAGGCUCAAUGCCUCAUAUGGCAUGCUCGGCCAGUCGCCACCACUGCACAGGUCCCCCGACUUCCUGCUCAGCUACCCAGCGCCCUCCUCCUGCUUUCCGCCCGACCACCUCAGCCACUCAGUUUCCCAGCACCUUCCCCGGCGCCCUACCCGGCCUGAGCCCCUCUACGUCAACCUAGCCCUGGGGCCCAGGGGCCCUUCGCCUGCCUCCUCUUCCUCCUCCUCUCCUCCUGCCCACCCCCGAAGCCGGUCAGAUCCCGGACCCCCUGUUCCCCGCCUCCCACAGAAGCAGCGGGCUCCUUGGGGUCCCCGUACCCCGCAUCGGGUGCCUGGACCCUGGGGCUCUCCUGAGCCUCUCCUGCUCUACAGGGCGGCUCCACCAGCCUAUGGGCGGGGAGCCGAGCUCCGAGGAUCCUUGUACAGAAAUGGAGGACACAGAGGGGAGGGGGCUGGUCCCCCUCCUCCUUACCCCACCCCCAGCUGGUCCCUGCAUUCAGAAGGACAGACCCGAAGUUACUGCUGAGCUAGGACCAGGAAAGAACCCUUCCAACCACACUGGAUGCUGGGCCAAGGCAUCCCUUGUUUUGUAUUUUCCUGAGCUCGCCACCCCACCCCACCCCAAGUUUCUAACUUUGUAACUUGCUCUGAUGGGGGUCCCUUACCCCCAAAUCAUUGUCCCUGCCCUGGGUCAUAGUGUAUGACCAGCCCCAUCUCCCUCCUGGGGCCCUUGCACAAAUUGGAGUGGGGGACAGGGCUGGAGCCUUGUCCUCCCCCAGGAGCCUCCAGCCUGUCCUGCUCUAUGCACAGGGCUGGGGACAGAGCUCCUGCCCACCUCUCCCCAUGCCCCCACUAAACCACCUGACAACGUUAAUGAAUAAAGAUGGCAGAAAUCUGGCCAGUGAAUGAUGA